AUAGCGUUGUCGAAUUCCUCAAAAAAAUUGGUGGCACGGCACUCGCCGAUUUUGCGGAGUUACAAUGUGACUGGGAUUGUCAACUAUACAGCCAUAUUUAAAGCUUGAGAAAUUGACGAAUGAUGACUUCUAACAACAUUUUAGAGGAAGAUAUUUCCUACAUUGUUGAACGAUACAGGAGUCCGUAUGAAAGCCGAGAGGAGUGGGACUUGAGAAGAAAAUUUAUGAUCGCCAAUUUUGGUAAGGCAAACAUGGAGGCUUUGGUGUGCCUGGCUAACUGCUAUUUGAAUGUGGAAAUGUAUGGAUGCAAAUACCCUGUGUUAGUAAUGGAGAAGAUCCGUGAAAUGAGUAGUAGUUUGAACACUAGCAAAUUGAGUGUAACAGAAAGCCUUCCAAAGAGGAUGAAAGGGCUGGAGACAGUGAAAUUUGUGAAACAAUCAGAUACACAAUCUGCAGACAAACAGACUGAAAAAUGUGGAGAUGAUACAGCUCACAAAACAACCAUUAGUUCUUUUGGGAAACCAACGAAUCAAACCACAAAUUCAAACAACACACAGAAGGCAGCUAGCCAAAAGACUGUUGCUCCCAGUUUUCAUUUUGUAAAAGCAAGCACAGAGUUUCAUAGUACAGACGUUGCUUCAGAGAGCGUGAAACAGAGAAUGAUGAGAAAAAAAUUUCAAGCUGAUUGCCAACCGCAGCCUGUCAUCCAUCAGAAUGUAUCUGCUCAGAAUAUGUUACAAAAAACGGGUCUGGGCUUCAACAAGAAAGGAAAGUCUACAGAAGUGGUUCAUCCUGAAAUCCCCACAAACUCAUUCCUUAGUGAGGUAGACAAUCAGUUCCACUCAUUUGCUAAUCAUUUUGCUUCUUACAAGAAAAAACAUGCACUAAGAUCUCCAGUGGACAUUUUUCAUAUGGUUGCCAUGAAGACAAAGAUGAAGAUAGACACUCAAUUUAGUGACAAGUCGGUGAAAGGGCAGCACAGGUUUUCUUGUACCGUGGUCAUCGACAAUGUGGAGGUAGCUACGGGCGAGGACUCUAACAAGAAGGGGGCGAAAAACAGAGCUUUUGAAAUCGGGCAGGAAAAAAUGUCAAGGAAAUUUAUAAAGGUGGUGAGAGUCAACCCUGAAAAACAGGAACUGCAGAGCUUUGAUGAAGAACCAGAAAGUGAACCCGGGUUUAUAAAAGAAGAAAUCGAAGAACCAGCUCCAGUGGGGCCCAAUGCCAAGGCUCGCAAGAGAAAAGAAAGUGAACUCCAUGGUGAUUUAACAAGAUUCAUUGUCUUUGAGACAUCAAAUGCAAUUCAGAAUGCAAUAUCUGUACUGAAAACAAGCGCAGAUAUGAAUCACGCUGAGCUGGAAUAUGAAUUUCAUGUGGAUAUGUCAGGAACUCGAUGCAGGGUGAUGCUCGAUGGCCACAAUCUGGUGGAGUAUAUGGGAACGACGAAAGCUUCCUCCAAGUCUGUGGCUUCAGAGAAGGCCCUGGAGAGACUGAAGCAGAUCUGUUGGACCAUCAAGAUCAAGGCAGCGGUAGACUCCGUGGAUAGUGAAAUCAAUCGAGAUGAAGUCAUGGGGGAAAUUCAGAAACAGGUUUCCUCAAUAUCAGAUGACAAUGUAGGCAGUCGUCUGCUGAAGAAAAUGGGUUGGACGGGGGGAGGAGUCGGAGCAGAAGGCAACAAGGGAUUGGCUGAACCAGUAGCUGUCACCAUGACCAAUCACAUUCUCCUCAAUAGGCAGGGCUUGGGACUACACGGUGACCAUGCAAAGGCCAUGGUGGACUUCAAAAAGAAAAUCACAGAAGUGAUAGACAAUUAUACAAAGUCUGACCGGCAGGAUGAUCUGGCUUUCGCUCCCGAAUUCAGUAAAGAGGAGAGGGCCUUCAUCCAUCAAUAUUCCCAAAAGCUUGGACUGAAAACUCAUAGUAGAGGUUCAGGCAGUGAAAGAUAUUUAACGAUCAGUCGCAAGAGAAGUGCAUCACAGCUGUUUGAACAUAUCAUGGAAGAAGGGGGGGCCACUCCUAAAUAUGAGUUAAUUCCACCUUUGUACGAUUCGUAAGAGGAAUGACAGGAAAGGGGUUGCAUGAAAAGCCUCUUUUUUGUGUUUUUUGGUACAUAUUUUCACCAGAGCUUGAUUUGAAUGUCGAUGUUCUGGUUUAUUUUCAAUGUCUCCAUGUCACUGCACAUUAAUGAGUGCCUUUAUUCUGAUAUAGAAACACAGCUUUUUCAAUUUCAGCGACCGUGCCAAGUUUCCCAGGGUUCAUUGCACACAAUGUCUAUAGUCGUGUAGACUGUUUUUAUUACAGUGUAUUUUUAUCUUUGUUUAUUAUUUGUAUUGUAUAAACAUGAACAUACUCUGAAGUGAGUGAAACAAGAUUUUAUAUUGUCAAGCAUCUUAAAAGAAUUCCAGUUUUCUGACCACAUAGGGAAAAUGGCAGUAUGUUUGUGUUUUUUUGUAUUUGAUAAUUGUUAUUGAACUUCAAUUUUUUUAAUGUAAGUCUUUAAGGUAUGUACAAGUAUAUUAUUCAUGUACCUGAGGUUGCUUUUACUUAGUGAGUUACUGAAGGUUUAUGUUUAAUCUGAUUCUUUGUGUGUAACGAGUUCUGUAAAUCCACUUUUAUUUGCGUGCGAGAAAUUUUCGUGAAGUUUGAAGGAACUUCGUCACGGUAAAUAAUUUUCACUGUAAACCAUUUUUUUUUAAUGAACCUUGUAUUUGUUUUAUCUCUGUUGUGAAAAUCCGUUGCUGGGAACCAGAUUAUCACUGGUAACUCGCGAAAUAAAGUGGUUGCGAUUACAGGGUGGUUUACAGUAUUUUGCUUAUCUUUGACAUAGGUCACUUUUUGCACUGUAUGUUGAGCCACUCGGGUGACUUGUUGCUGUCUAUGCCCAUCUACUGAUGUGUUUGUUACAUCCGUCAUUAACUUCUAAACAUUUUCAACUUCUCAGUAGUUCUUCCAUCAAAUGUUACCAAAUUUGGUAUGUGGCAUCUUUAAGGUAAGGGAAGAAAAUUGGGAAUUUCAUGACCACUGUCCUAUUGGGCCCAAAAACUUAAAAUGAAGCAAUAUUUGAAGAAAAUCCAGAACAUGUUGCACACCGAUUGAGUGUGUAGAUUUAAUGGGGCAUGAAUACCUGACCACAUAAUCAAAUAUGUAGCCCAGGGUAUUUAGUUUUGGGCCUUAAUCAGUCUGCAAUAUUGUAAAGUUCACAGCCCCAGGGGUCAUAGGUUCAGACACCACAGAAGGUUUAAUUAAGCCAUUGAGAGUAAAUGUAUUAAAUUUUUCAAUAUUUAACCUAUACACCUGAACAUGUCACAAAAAUAGAUCACAUUGUUAAAAUGAGCAUAGAGGCUUUCCCCAAAAUUGUGAAAUGUGUGAUUCCUGGAUCAGGUGUCAGGUCCUUCUGGGCAGAGCUAAGUAGUCAUGCGAUGAAAAUGUGACCUUCUUCACUCCUGAAUUUGCAGCCAAACAAACUGAGUGAAAUGAGCUUUCAAGCCUUAAAACAAAUCAAGUCAUUCUCUCUGUGUUGUCCGAUGUCCUUUUUUACCACCUUUGCAAUGCAUCUAUAUGAGAUGCUCUUACUUGACACAGAAGGACCAGUCUUUCCAUCAUGAUAUGAAAUCAAGGUCACUUAGAAAAAGUUAUUGAAUGCAUGUACUUGGCAAAAAAGAUACUUGUAACUAUAUGAUGUUUCAAAACCCAGAGUAGACCAAAGUGAUUUUGCCAAGGCUAGAAACAUACAUGUAGUUCCGAAAUGCUGAUGAGAACCACUAUAGGUCACCGAAAUAAAAAAAAAAACCUCAUCGGGUUUUCAGAGUCCGAAAGAUGCAGUCAUUGCAUGGAUAUUCCAUACUUCUGAUUUAAGUUUUUGUUGUGCAUUGCUCGGGUGUUUGUCAAAGUCCAUGGGUGUCUUGCCUUUGUAAUAUCUAGAUUUACAUAAUGUUUUCCAUUACAGAAUUAUAUGACACAUAGGGUGGGCUUUUUGAUGAUUCACACACAUUGUAGUAGCUUGUAUAAUUUAGAUAUGUGGGAAGCAUAUACUCAAAAUCCAAGAGGACCAUCUGUCUUAAUCAUGUAUUGUUUGUGUCACCUACAUAGCAUGACAAACAUGUAAGGAUCAGUUUUAUAAGUAGAGGUGAAGUUUAGUGAAUUUGAUGUUAGGUGGAGUUGACAUUAGGUGAUGUCAAUGUUGUGUGGAGUUGAAGUUUGAUGGAGUUGGAUGGAUUCACUCCUACAAUUUUCAUGAAUCUUUAUGGGGAAUUCCAAAAUAAAAGUAGUGGAUUCCAAGGCCAAUUCAUUUAACCACGACACUGUGAUACACGGGUGGGACUCGAGGUAAAUUCAUUUCAUCACGGCACUGCUGUUUUGCGAGUAUUGCAGUAAAGCUUGCAUUUGCAGGAAGAUUUGUUCAGUCAAUAUUUGUUGUUGUUUUUUUUUGGUAUAAAUUACAUGUUUGAAAUUUUUGCAAGCUUAGUUGCAUUGUUUUGUAUUUUUUAAUUUUAAAGAAAUGGAUAUUUCUGUAAAGUACAAAAUACUUGACCAAUGUAGAGUAGAUAAUAAACAAAGAAGGUAAAGUC